AUGGAAAUCAAAGGGCCCAUGGUGUUUUCUGCAGAGGCCUCCCUGUCUUCUUCAGCUCCGGCUGGUCCAUGGGGGCACUCCUUGUACUCAUCAUUUACCUACAUGUCAAACAUUGUGCACCCCCGGGUCCGCAGAAGCACACUCACCAGAUUCAACCCAGGCCACAUUCUGCCUCAGGUUCAGAGUGUGGCACCUCCGUCUGCAUUUGGGGUCAAAUUUCACAAGUGUGCACAGGUGAAGCGUGACACUGAUCCCCCUCAGCUGACAUUCUUCCUGCUGAUUCACAACAUGGGCCCAGUCGGCGGUACCAACCUGUCUCAGGUGGCUAUCCGGGACUCCCUUUCUGGAAUAAUCCCACUAAAAACUGAAGGCAGGAUGGUGGAAAGAGGCUACCAGACAUUUGCCAUUGAUUCACUGUCUGCUGGCUCUCAGAUUAUUGUCAAUUAUACUGCUGACAUAAGGAGUCAUAAGAGUGAAGUCCUGGACCUUCCAGCUUUUCUCACCUUCUCUAAUGCCUCACAGAAUGAUGUCAGUAUGUUUGGUCCGCUAACAGCUAAUCUAACACUGAGGGUGAACUCCACUGACAGGAUCUAUCCUAACCACGGUGUCCAUUUUGCUGGAUUUGUUGCUGGGUUCUUUGUCACUUUGGUGCUGCUGUUGCUUGGGUUUCUGGCCAUGAACCUGAUAGGCCUCAGAACCAGGCUGAGCCUUCUUCAGCAAAGGAGAAAAAGAAAGGAUUCAGACCCAGAGUAUGCAGACUGCAACAUGAGUGAGACAGUUAAAGAUGAGGCAACAUUUGAAGACAAGAUGGUGGACAUCAUGGUGCUCGAGGAUCCCCAGAACAUGUACCAGGCUUUGGAGAACCUUGAAAUGUCUACACUGCUGCGCGCCACCAACAACCUGGAGGCCACCCGCAUUCAGAUCUACAAGGAUGUGAUAUCCUCCCUGCUGGGCGGCCUAAGGUCCCGGGGCCAGGCCAGCACCCAGGCCCAGCAGAGGCUCCUCAGUGUGCUCCACGGACAGCUGCUAGGCAUGGAGGGGCGGCUGAAGGAGGAGCGCGGGGCCCGCAUGGCUGCCCUGGCUGGCCAGUGUAACCUGGAGACUCGGGAAGAAAUGGAAGCAGAGCACCGCAGGGAAGCAGCUGAGAAAGCCCAGGCCGAGCUGCUGUGCCAACAUGCAGACCAACAGGAGCUCCUCCAGUGCAGUGUCCUCCUGGAGAAGCUGCACAAAAUGAGCCAGAGUCAGCUCCAACGCAUCCUGUUGGUCCGACAUGAAGAAGCCUCAGCGAAGGUCCAGAGGCAGAUAAUCGAGUGGCGCCGGGUGGAGCUGCACAAGAUCUUCUCUGAGGAGCUGGAGGAGGCCACCAGGAUGGGCGAGUUGGAGAAGACCACAGCCAAGAGUCUUCAGCAUGAUUAUUUUACCUGUCAGGAUCAGCUAGAAGAGGUUCUGGAUGUGGUCCUUGCCAAUCAGCGCUAUGUUCUGGCUGAACGGCAUGCACAGAGGAAGUUCCUGGUGCACAGCCUCCACAGCCUCAACAGCCUGAUUUCUGACACCUUCUCCAGCACCUCCAGCAACUUGGACAGCUGGUUCACGCACAUCAGGAGAGGGAGCACAGUGCCUGCAGAGCAGAUAGACCAGCUGCAGGAGAAGGCCCAGAAAGAACUGGUGAUGGUGAGGCAGAGACUGGAUGAAGCACUGAGCCAAGAGAGAAGAGCCAUGCGCUGUGGCCUGAUUAAGAAGAGGAGGGAGCUCAUCUCUGAAAUGCUGAGGGUCCACAAGCAGAGACAGAAGGAUCUGUCGGGCCUGUCCAAGAGUCUGGAGGGAAGGAUAGAAGUAGCCCAGAACCUGCACUGUUGGCAGAACUUACUGACGGCUCACAGCUUGGAGCUAGCUGAGCUCAUCAACAACCUGGAUGAAGAGGCUACUGCUGAUAUCCGCAAGGUGACCAUGCGUGUGAUCCAAGGUGCCAUAGCAGAGGUCAAAGCCAUUCAGCCUUCUGCAACCCAGGCACUGCUGACAUCCUUGCCUCCAGGGACGCAGCGCUCUCUGCUGCAGGUAGAACCAGAGCAAGGAGCAGGACAGGCCCAGGGACAAGGAGCGAGCGCUCUUCUGCAGGGCCAGGAGAGGCUCCACCAGGAAGGCAAGGCAGCUCUACGCACCCUGAGCUGCACCAGGGAGGCACUGAGGGAAGCCAUGGAGAGAGAGCUGCAGGAGCAGAGGGAGAUCAGGGAACACUACAGAGCUUUCUUUGGGUGUUUGUGUUCGUCUCAGCUGACUCUGUCUGAAGAUGACAGGCUGAGGAUGAAACUGGAGUUCCAGAAGUGUCUGUCUGUGAUGGACCGCUGCCUGGUGCUGCCCCACGCUGCCUCCAGAACCAAACUCCACACUUCCCUGGCAUCUUGGAGAAAGGACAGUGAGAAACAGAUGACAAAUAUGCAGUCGAAGGGGAAAACCAGCAAGGCCAGACAGAAAACAGACACAUCUGACCUGCUGCUUUUCCAGAAAUGGCUUGAGGACAGGAUCCAACUGUUUGAGAAGGAGAAGGAGAUGGAGAGCAGUGUCAUGAACAAGGUGUUAGAGGAGAUGCAGAGGGAGAGAGAGGAUGAUCUUCGCUCUCAGGCGGAUAGCCUGGCGAUUCAGAUGGCUACCAUCCACUACCAGAAGGCUGAGAGGAGGACCAAAGUGUUGGAGACCUCCAGAGCCAUGCUCACCCUGCACGGCCUGCUCAUUCAACAGCUCAGAGAGAGAAAGAGCCUGGAGAGACAAGACAUGGCCCAGAGUAUACAGAGCCACUGCUUGGGCCUAGAGGAAGCAGAGCAACAGCUUCAGAAGGAGAGGACAGAGUUGGACAGCCUGGAGGUGUCUCAGGCCAGAGUCGAGUCAAAUAAAGCAUGCAGACAGGACUCUGAUGACAGGGAGGAGGACAGUGAGGAAGGACGAGCGUUUCAGCUGCAGCAGGAUUGCAGGAUGACGUCUAUCCUCCAGGAGGCUCUCUACAAGUGUGAUCAGGUCAUUGCACUGUUGGCUGAGAGGUUGCAAGAAAUGACAGCCAAGAAUCAAGUCAUGGAAGAUUUAAAAGAACAAAUGGAGCUCAAGAGACUUUAUGCAAACUGCGACCAGGAUCUGGAGUUUGCAUCUCACUUGGUGAAGCAGAGUCAGGUGUCUGCAGAGGUUCUCCUGGAGGCCCUGCGUCUCCUCCUCCCCACCCUGCCUGAAAGCGAACUCCUUUCCAUCACUGACGCACUCUGCCCCAAACAGCACCCUGUUUCAUCGUCGGCAGAACAGGAACAGACGGGGUGUGCUCUGGGGUGUAAUCGACUUCUUCCUGUCAGACUGAGGGAAGACGUGGUGCAUAAAAAUAUGCGAAAUAUGCCGAGCUGCACUGUGGACAGAGAGAGAGUCCAGGAAAAGAGGCAGAGUCUGAUGGAAAAACUGCUCCCCAGAUCCCGUCUUCUGCUUCCAAGAGAUGUUGAACCACGGCUGCCUGAAGAGAAAGGAAGGGAGGACAGUUUCACCAAAGCACAACAGCCUAUUUAUAAAUCAACCGUAGCUGAAGACACGGUAAUACAGCAUCAGAGUGACUCUGCAGAAGGAAAGGUUGGGGCCACAGUGAAUGAAACAUUGCACAGCUGUUCAGGGGAUUACAUGACUUCAGCCUCUGCCAGCUCUGCACCGGGCAGCCCUGCAGCUGGAGGAAGGUUGUUUGUGUUUCGCGAUCCACCUGAAUCAUGUGACAGUGUGUCUGUCCCCAAGAGAAAAAGGAAGAGGAAUUUCCUCAAUCUGAAGAAAGGCUCAGUGGCCCCAGCAAACCUAUCUUGAGAUUUACAGACUUUGUGUUUUGCAAGGUUUUUUUAUGAUGAAGAUGAUGAUACUAAAAUACAAAAUAAACCAGUAGUUUCGCUGUGUAGCAAAAAAAUAGCACAUUUUCUUGUAUGUAGCAUCUGGCUUUAUUUUUGAGUAAA